CUGUGCGUUUCAGCGUGAAGAUCGCUGUGCAGUCUGGCGUGGGUGCCCCUGGAAAGCUUAGAGUGCGGUGUCUGAAUGUGGAAGUGGUGGUUGCGGGCGACGGUUAGAGCCAUGUCUGGUGGGGGAGCCGUCCCCGGGCCCCGCCGGCAGCGCCCGCCCAAAGACCCACUGCGCCACUUGCGCUCGCGGGAGAAGCGUCUGGGUGCCGCUGGGACCUCCGGACGCAAUGGGCCUCGUACUGUCUUCGUGCAGGUGGCGGCUGCUGGCACACGAGACGCGGGAGCCGCGCUCUAUGUGUUUUCCGAGUUCAACCGGUAUCUCUUUAAUUGUGGAGAAGGAGUACAACGCCUUAUGCAAGAGCACAAGUUGAAGGUGGCUCACCUAGACAACAUCUUCCUUACCAGAAUGAACUGGGCUAAUGUUGGUGGUCUAUCUGGAAUGGUUCUUACCUUGAAAGACACAGGAGUUCCAAAGUGUGUGCUCUCUGGACCACCACAACUGGAACAGUACCUGGAAGCAAUCAAAGUCUUUUCUGGUCCACUAAAAGGAAUAGAAUUAGCUGUGCGACCCCAUUCUGAUCCAGAAUAUGAAGAUGAAACUAUGACUGUCUAUCAGGUUCCCUUGGUAGGAAAGAAGCCCAUAAAUAACCAAAGGGAGCUUACGUGUUCUGAAUCAGCAUCACCAGCAGAUGACCAAAUGCAUAACUUGGGACCAGGAUCUCCCUCUAGGGAGCAGGAGUACCGAAGGGAUGACAGAAGUAAAACAUCCCCUGAUAAGAUGGAUGGUGGCAGACAAGUCGGCCAAAGGGAUCCAUCUUUAGUUGUUGCAUUUAUUUGUAAGCUCCAUCCAAAGAAAGGGAACUUUCUGGUGCUUAAAGCAAAGGAUCUUGGCUUGCCUGUGGGCACAGCAGCAAUUGCCCCGAUCAUUGCAGCAGUAAAGGAAGGAAAGAGUGUCAUAUUUGAAGGCAAAGAGAUCUUGGCUGAAGAACUUUGCACCCCUCCAGACCCAGGUGCAGUCUUCAUUGUUGUGGAGUGUCCUCAUGAAGGCUUUGUAGAUGCAGUCUGUGAAAAUGCUACAUUGCGAGGAUAUCAAGAAGGGAAGCAGGAGAAUCCUGUGGCUUUGGUUGUCCACAUAACCCCAGAGCCUGUUUUACAGGACAGUCGGUAUAAGCAGUGGCUAGAAAGUUUUGGAGCUGAUACUCAGCACUUAAUUCUCAAUGAGAACUCCCAGUCAGUGCACAAUCUCCGCAGCCACAAAAUCCAAACCCAGCUCAACCUCAUCCAUCCAGAGAUCUUCCCGUUACUCUCCAGCUACCAGAGCAAGAAAGAAGAAGCUACAUUCAGUGUGCCUGUUAUGCGAGGAGAGUGCCUCCUCAAAUACCAGCUGAGGCCCAAGCUAGAGUGGCAGAGAGAGGCUGUUACUGCUUACAAUUCUGCUGAGUUUAUAGCUGAAGCCCUGGAGCUGCCUGACUUCCAGGAGACUGUGCAGAAGUGCAGAGAGAGCUUACAAGGCAAACUGGCAUCAUCAGGAAAUAUGGAUCGGUAUCCAGAAGUUGUAUUUUUAGGAACUGGCUCUGCAGUCCCAAUGAAAAUACGGAAUGUCAGCUCAACAUUGAUAAAUGUCAGCGCCACCCAGUCUCUGAUUCUGGAUUGUGGGGAAGGAACUUUUGGCCAGCUUUGCCGCCAUUAUGGAGAUGAUGUUGACCAAAUCCUGUGCAACAUUGCAGCUGUGUUUGUAUCUCAUAUACACGCAGAUCACCAUACAGGCUUAUUGAAUAUCUUGUUGCAGAGACAUCGUGCAUUCAUGUCCAAGGGUCAGCCCUACAGCCCACUGUUUCUGGUUGCUCCCACACAGAUCAUGACAUGGUUGCAUCAGUACAAUGACCAUUGCCAAGAAAUCCUAGGGCACAUGAAUAUGAUUCCUGCCCGGUUUUUAAUGGAAGGGUGUGAUGUCUUUAAACCUAAAGCAAAGACAUUCAUUCAUUCACUUAUGGAAAAAUAUGACUUUGCAAAGUUUCAGACAUGUGAAGUCAGGCAUUGUAAAAAUGCCUUUGCGUUGUCAGUGGUCCACAAGUCUGGGUGGAAAAUCGUCUAUUCUGGUGACACUAUGCCAUGUGAAGCUUUAGUUGAAAUGGGGAAAAAUGCUUCUCUACUGAUUCACGAAGCUACGCUGGAGGAUGGCUUGGAAGAGGAGGCUAUAGAGAAGACACACAGCACUACCUCCCAGGCAAUUGAAGUUGGGAUGAAGAUGAAUGCAGAAUUUAUCAUGCUCAAUCACUUCAGCCAACGCUAUGCUAAAAUCCCUCUUUUCAGCGAGGAUUUCAGUGAAAAGGUUGGGAUUGCCUUUGAUCACAUGCAGGUGCGUUUUGGUGAUUUUGCUACUAUUCCAAAGCUGAUCCUGCCACUGAAAGCCUUGUUUGCAGAUGAGAUUGAGGAAAUGGAAGAGCGAAGGGAGAAACGAGAGCUGCGGCUUCUUAAAGAGGCAAUAAAAGCCUCCGAGGCCCGGACUGCCAAAACAAAACUGGAACAUGGAGCGGACCUUCACGGAGCACCGAACAAAAAACUUAAAACUGCCAACUGAGUAAAGCAGCAAAUCGCUGCCUUUGUGCCUUUCUUGCUGGGGCAAGAGUGACUUUACACAUGGUGCGCAGUGUGUACCGACGAUUUCAGGAGAUGGCAUCAUAUUCAGCUUUGUCUGCUUGUGGGGGCACCUGGAAAAUUACCUAAGCUAUUUCUACAGCUGGAAUUCCUGUUGAACUUAGUUCCACAGCUAGCAAAAUGCACUUUCUGGCUAUGGUGCCUAGAAACAAGGUCCAUCCUUUCUGCUCAUCUGCCUGUUUGCUGAAAAUAGUUCCUUAAUAAAAACCUAACAGAAGUGAUGAGUAAUGAUUAAGGUUUAUACAAGGGGAAAUCAGGAUACUUUAACAAGAAAGGAGAGAAUCUCCCCCAUAAAAGGAUACUACUCUUCAGAUUACUUCUUAAAUGCAUUUUAGGAGGCAAGACUUAAUGGAGACCUCCCUGUACCACCUACUUGAGCUCCAUGGUGGAAGGAAAGUGGGAUAUAAAUGUAAUAAUCUGAAUUUCCUGCCAUGUUAAUUAAAUAGAGUGAAUGAAUGAAUGUUACAUUUGGUAACAUAGAAAGAAAACAUCACAUUAAAAUAGAAGCAAAUUUUUUAAGACUGAUUAUAAAAACCAUAAAGCCAUAAUGGUUAAAAUUAAUAAAACUAAAUCUUAGUUCUCCUCUUUUCAAGCUACUAUAGAUUUUCUAAUUCUUUGGGCAAGCCAUCCAAACCUAGCCACCCGAUAAGUAACUUCUGUCUGGCUAACUGAUAGCAAAUUUCUUAAAAGGGAGUUUCUUUGCCUGCGAGAGAGGGGGAGUGUCUUAGAGAAAGGAAGAGACUCAUGGAUGUUAUUAUAUGCUUUACAAUCAAAAAUUACAUGUUCUACAAAUUCAAUACCAUCCACACAACAGGGACAUAUCCUUUCUUUGUAAGGAGUCUUGUUAAAUUUUCCUUCAAGGACUGCAGAUGGGAGUAUAUCCCAACACAUUAAUGUAAAUGUUCUGAUUUAAUAAACGGGAGAGGUAAGGCAUAGGGAUUACUCUUGUUAUCUGGAGCCAGAAGGACUCGCCAUUUCUCUAUCACAUUUAGAUCAUGUUGUCUUGAGAUAUUCAGUAUUCUCUGUCUCGCCAUAAACUUGGCCUUUUCAUAACCCAUAGAACACAAAUAUUGUUUAGACAAACCGUAAGAGGUUAAUUUCUUAUCUAGCACCUUAAACCAAGGGUGUUCAAAAUGAUCUGAUAUUAUUAAACUUGUCAAUCCCUUUAGUAGAAAAGCUAGGUUUAACCAAAACAUUGUCACUGCAAUCCAUAGUUUUAUCUCAGCUGUAAUCAUGCCUGUCUCUAUGCGAAUAAGGGCAUUUGGAAUCCCAUUACAGGCUUGUAGAAUUGCUCUCAAAAUUUUGACUGAACUGUGUCUGCAUAAGAUUUGCUGUAAUGUUAAUGGGGAAUUAAAUAGAGUGUUAAUUUAUGUUUCUGUUGGGGUUUUUCCAUCUUAGUCCAUAUGCAAGGUUUAGAGGCAUUUUAGCAGCACCAUUUAUUAUUAUUACUAUGUUUCCCAAAAGCAUAACAGGUGCUAUGAAUCAGUUAAAAACAAACAC